CGUCCAUCGCAUGCCCCUUCUCCUCCCCAGUUCUCUCCUCCACCUUAUCAAGAAGAAAGCAAAAGCCCCCCACUAUCCAUGGCGGCUUCUUCCUUCCUCCUCCCUUCCCUCUCCUUCGGAAUCCGCAGAAUCUCGUCCUCCAAGCCCCAAACCCAAACCCUUGCUCUCUCCUACGUUUCCUUCUCUUCGAUAAAAAAUGUCUCUUUUCCAUCUUAUAGUCCCUUUCCUCCGGUAAGAAAGGCGCCAGCUUUAGAUUCGGGGUCCGUUCCCAAGGUGGCGGUGUCCUCGGAUUUGGAGCAAGAAGAGGAGGCAGACCUGUCGAGUGGGGAGGAGGUGGAAUUCUCGCCGGACUUGAAGCUCUUCGUCGGGAACCUCCCGUUUAGCUUCGACAGCUCCCAGCUCGCUGGUCUCUUUCAACGCGCCGGGAAUGUCGAGAUGGUGGAGGUUAUAUAUGACAAGCAAACUGGAAAAAGCAGAGGAUUUGGAUUUGUGACAAUGUCAACCGUGGAGGAGGUUGAAGCAGCCACUCAGCAGUUUAAUGGUUAUACACUAGAAGGGAGGCCAUUGAGGGUGAACUCAGGACCACCUCCACGAAAAGAUGAGUUCCCAUCUAGAGGAUUCCGGGCUGGUGGUAACCUUGACAUGGCAAACAGGGUCUACGUAGGUAAUCUCUCAUGGGGCAUUGAUGAUCUGGCUCUUGAGACACUUUUCAGUGAGCAAGGGAAGGUUUUAGAGGCCAAAGUCGUUUAUGAUAGGGAGAGCGGUAGAUCGCGGGGCUUCGGCUUUGUCACUUACAGCUCGGCUGAGGAGGUUGAGAAUGCUAUACAAUCACUAAAUGGCACCGACUUGGAUGGAAGAUCGAUACGGGUUACAGUGGCAGAAACAAGGGCUAGACGCCAGUUUUGACCUUUGAGUUUGUUUGAAGUUGCAGAAAAACGCUGCUUCUUGUUAUCGAGAUCUUCCUUGUAGCUUCCACUUUGGAAACAUUGCCCUGUUAAUUCCAUUUGGAUGUUUUGGCUAUGAGAUGGUCUCUUGUAUCAGGCUUGUAUGUUUGUAGUGAUGGAACUUACCCAGGCAGCCUAUGGUUGGUCCCAUGAAUUAUGGUCAUUGGCAUCCCUAUUUGAUGUGGAUCA